AUGAAAAAUACGAUAGCUGAUGGCUAUUAUUUAAACUAAAAUCAGCUCAAUUACUGCGAAUUAGAUUUGAUAUAAGAAGCUGAUCCCAAUGAUGAAAAGACAAUAAAAAAUUCAGAAAAAUUAGGAUAUAACUCAUAGGUUUCAGAUAUAUUCCUAUCUAAAUUGAGUAGAUCAGGAGAAAAGGAAGGUGAGGAUCUUGCUUCAAGCAAAAGAAUAUAUCCUAUUCUAUAAGCUUAUAAACAAGAGAGCAUGCUCAAGCAAGUUGAUAGUGUUAUAGAAAUCAAUACCGAAUAAAAAGAUUAGUAGAUUACUGAUGAAUUAUAAAACAAUACAAAAUAUUUGUUUAGUAACUAAAAUAGUAAAAGUAUCGAUCAAUAAGAGCUAAAUAUUAUAUCAAGUGACUAAAAUAUCUCUGAGCAAUUGAAUGAAACUAAUUAGUAAAACGAAAAAUAAGCGGUUGAUAAUUAAAAAUUUUCAAAUUCUGAAUUAUAAGGUAAUGUUCAUCAUUGUGAAGAAGAUAUUUUAAAUCAAGAUCAAUUGUCUGAAAAAUUAUCUUCAUUGUCUUAAAAUACUUGCUAGUAUAUUUACGAAGAUGAAAAUUCUAGUGAUAGUUUAAUAGAUGAAAAAGUUAUAGAAUUUAGAAAAACACAGGCUAAUGAAGAAGAUUAUGAGGAAGAUUGUGAAAAUUAAUCUAAAAGGAUUUCUUCAGGCACGGUUUUUAUUAAAGGAAAGUCGAAAGAGCUUUAAAGCGCAACAAUUAGAAAGGUUGAAGAAGAAGAUAUUGAAGAUGAAGAAGAUGAAGAAAGCGAAGGUGGCAAAAAGUAUUAUAAAAAAAACAAUAACUACUUUAGAAUGAGUCCUGAAAUAAUAUAAAUACCAGCAAAUUCUUUUGCUAAAAAAUAUGGAUAACUUGAUUGCUAAAGUGAUCAGAUAGAAAAUACAAAGGAAUCUAGGAUAGAUUCAGAUUCAUAAGUUCUCACUCCUUAACUUAAUCCAUAAUGCUAAGAAGAGUCUAAGGUAUUAGAGGUUGUUAGCUUAUAGGAUCAUUAACAAGGAGAUAUGGGAAUAUGUAACAUAGAAAGAUAGUUUAGUUUCAAAAGCUCUUCUUAAAAUGGUACUGUAUAAAAUUAUGAAAAUAUAUCAAAAGAAAAGGAAGGUUAACAAAACACUGAUGAUUAUACCUAAAUCAAUUAAAAAUAAUCUAUUGAUGAUAGUGAAAAGGAAAAUCUAAAAUUCAUAAUAAGAAAGCUUAAUUCUAAAGGAGAUAUCAAUUAAAAAAUGGAUUUGAUGAGUGAGGGGAGUAUGAGCUUAUAUGAACAAAUAAAUGAUAGAAAACCUCAAGCUUAUAAAGUAGGAAGCAUGCAUUUGUUUUCAUCAUCUUAAGGAGGUGUUAGUGCAUACAAUGAUGAUUUAAAUGGAAAUUCUGACAGAUCAACUCUAAAAAGAAAUACUGAAAAUGUUGGAAAUGAUUUUUUAUAGUUAAAUAAGUAAAAUUAAGAGAGAGUAAGAAGUGAAGAAAAAGCAAAUUCUCCCUUUGCUAGCAAUGAAAAGAACAAUUCAUCUCUUAUUGCUUCUGGAUUUCCUUUUGGAAAAUCUGGUAGAGGUAUAUUUCAUUCGUAUAGAAAUCCUUUGGAUAUUACAGAAAGAGAGUAGUAAAUACUCAAAUCAAAAAAGAAGCAGUAAAAAAAUAAUAUUUUCAAUAUUCAGAAUAAUAAGAUAUUAUCUUCAGAGCUUAGCUAACACUCUAUUGAAUAAGGCAAUAAAUUAAAUUAGUGCUUUUCUAUACAUUCAGUUGGGGAUGAAAUACCUAACACAAUCAGCGACACCAUCAAUAACGAUUUGAGCAGUAGCUCUUAAAUAAAAAAGUCAACUCAAAAUUAGAAUUAAAUUAAUAAUCCUGUUUCUUUUAAAAAAAGAAUUUUAACAAAUCAAUAGCACUAAUCUCAUCAUUCACCAUAACCUUCUUCUGGUUCAUCAGCAUUUAAUAAGGAAUAGAUUAAUACUAAAAGAGAUACAAUUGUGAACUACUACAAAAGUGAUUAAGUGAUUUAGAAUAGUGAUUAAUUUAUUGAAAACAGCAUACAAAACGAAAGCAAUAGAUUCAUCAUAAGACAGGGUUCAAAUUAAUCAAUAAAAUCCAUUAGGAAGACUAGUAUUAACCAUACAACUGGAGUAAAUAGUGCUAAGAAAAAUACUGAGGAAAAUAACUCCAACAUAUCAUAAAAUAAUAAUGCAAAUCUAAAGUAAUUUUAAAGUGUGAAUCAUGAAAAUUGUAUUAGUGGUAGAUCUCCUAUAAAUUUUUCUGAAAGCCCUUCUAUAAGGUCACGCAUGUGUUAAACUUAGCAUAUCUAAGAAAAUAUUAAGAAAAUAUAAGGCGUUAAGGGAAACAUCUUCUAAAGUAGCAUUCAAAGCCAAUAAAAUUAUUUAUGUUCAGAAUAAAACACUUAACAUAUUUAAAAUAAAAGUGAUAUUUAAAGUGUUCAAAACUCUACACAAAUCACUACAAACGUAAAUACAAUAAAUAAUAGUCAUAUAUGUAACAACAGCUAUAACAAUGGAUUUAACACUUACACUAAUCCAAGCCCAAUUUUAAACCCUAUUCUUCAUACUUACUAAAACAAUAGCUCUGCUUAAUCUAAUUAAAUUUAAAGCUCCUAAAAUACUGUUUUAUCUAGUUACAAUAAAUAGCAACACUAGCCUAACACAAAAUAAUUAUAAAUUAAUAGUAACUCUAUUAAACUGAAACAGCAGCAAUUUACAAAUAUUCAUAACCAAUAAACUAACAGAAGCGUUUAGGCUGCACAGUAAUAAGUCAAAGUUUCUAGCCUUAAUUCUUCACUUAUCAGGAAAGUAAAUAACAAAAGAAGAAUUGCGUCUCCAAACAGUAAUAUUUUCUCAAAACAAAAUGUCAAUUUUACAGUUAGCCACAAUAGUUCAUAGCAAAAUCCACAUACAAAUUAUAACUAAAUCAACAAUAAAGGAAGUAACAAUAUAUCCCCAAAUAACUAAAAGUAGUAUAAUUAAUAAAAACUUUAAGGGUACAAUUUUACUUCAUAGCAAGCUACUUUAACGAAUCCUUGUUAAAGACCUUAAAAUAAACUUAGUAUUGGUAGUAACAUAUGCACUUCAUCAAGUGUUUCGUAGCAUACAAGUAGCAACCAAAAUAAUACCAAUAAUAACAGUAUUUUUCAUAACAAUUAGAAUCUUUAGAUUUAUAAUAACUCCAUUAUUAAUCAACCAAGUAUCCUCCUUAUGGGUGCAUCAAAUACAUUAACUCCUAGCAAUAAUUAAAAUUGUAACUUUCCCCCAUAAAAUUUUAUAGGAGGAAAGCAAACAAACGAAAAUGGUAUUAUAAUUUAAAAUCAAUAGUCUAGCUAAAAUUAAUAUAUUAAAGUGAGUUAAAACUAAACAAUUAACCACCCUAGUUAAGUAAUUUUUACAGGUUAGCAGCAAUCAGUUCUAAAUACUAAUUAAUCGAUUUCACCAAAGCUUCAUUAAAGAUCUAAUUCUAGAAGUAAGAGCUAACUUUACACCUAGUAAGUGUAAGAAUGCAAUAGUAUAGAAAAUGCGGUUACUAUACAACCCUCAACAAAUUAAAUUAAUAACUUCAAUUUAAUUUAAGCUAAUAGUAAUGGAUAAGACCAGUCUGCUCUUGAUAUUUAUGGUAGUUUCUAUUAUAAGACACUUAAUAAAAGUAGUUUAAUCUAUUCACCUAAAAGAUACUCAAUAGAUUACCCUAAUGCCUAAUCUUCGACUUCCUCUUCCUCUAAUACAAGGUAAAUUGUUAAGGAUAUUUUAAAAAGAUAACUCAAUAAUAACAACUAAAAUAACUCAAAAAUAAAUGAAAAAUUAAAAAAAACAACCUAAAUAUACCUUGGAAAUAAUACUACAUCUAUUUAUUAAGCACUGAACAAUCAGAAUACUGCAAAUAAUCUCAGCUUUAACUAAUAAAAAACUUAAAAUUCUUUUAAUAAUUACAAUUAAUCAAAUAUUCAAUCCUCUUUUAAUAAUAAUGAUUCAGUAAUAGGAAUAGGUUAUACUAAUUAAAUUAAUUGUUAUCCAUAAACUUAUAGCCACAUACCAAGUGCUUCAUAUUAAAAUUAGCAUUACACAGCGAAUGGACUUUCAAACUAAAUCACUUCAUCGUAAUAAGUUGGUAGUGCUGUUCAAUAUUAUCACCAAUAAAAUAGCUUACUUAAUUCUAAAGUAAGUAGAAAUAUAAAUAACGAAGAAACUUAAUAUACAUUAAAAACUCUCCCAAGUGCUAUAUCUUUAGCUGAUUGUAAAUAAAGUCAAAUUUAAAUAUAGAAUCCUCAAUAUUUACCUCAUUAAUCCCAUUAGUUCAACCAAGUUAAUUUUAAUAGCUACUAAAAUGCCUGUAACUCAACUAGACCAAGCAGGAAAUCUAACUAUAAAAAAGCAACAAGCCUAAAUUAAAAAAGUAAAGGACCUCAUUUUAGCAGAAAUUCUAGCUUAUUUGAAAAUACUAAUGGUAGCUAAAAUUAUAUAUCUACAUUAAAUGUGAAUAAUAAUUACACUAUUGCUAAUAAUAACUCAUAAUAAAACUCAUAUGUAUUAAAAAAUAAUUUAAAUACUUUAAAACUUGACAAUAAUUCAAAAUCCACUCUGAAAAAAUAUAUUCGUGCAUCUUCUGAGCUCAGAAAAAGACCUAUCAGACAGGUAAAUGUGAUUAACAAAACCAACAAUAGCAACAAUAAUAGUUAUAUUGUAAAUAAUUAAUCGAAUUAGAUUUAAAAUGUAUGGCUCUCAGUAAACGGAACAUCUGCAAGCAUUUAGAAUUAAAAUAUUUAUUAAUAAGAUUAGUAAAAAAGUAAUAUUAUUGGAUAGCUCAAUUAGCUUAAUUCUCAUAAUAGUAGCUAAUAGAAUCAUCUAUACUCUAAUAGUAGCAGUGAUAUACUUUAAAAUAACCAAAAACAAAUAUCAAAAAGUAUUCAAGAGUCACCAUAAAAGAAGAGUGUAAUCAAGCUCCUUUACGAAAGGAUAAACUCUUAAUCUGAUGAAAUAGCAUAUGAUACAUUCCAGCAAUAAUAAUGA